AUGGAUCCUCUCCCUCUACCACGAGAAGUCGACCUGAACACGACGCCAAUCACCGCCCCGGACCCUCUCACCUUCGAACCCCAAAACAUCCUGCACGUCCACCUCGAAAAGCGCUACACCACCGUCUCCAUCCCCUCCACCUACGGCCACCUCAACUCCGGCCCCCCACCAGGCACAGUCGCCGGCAUCGUCCUCGGCAGCGUCGGUGGGGUCGUCCUAAUCCUCUACCUAACCUUCCUCGCCCUCAACCCAGGCGGUCUCGCCCGGGGCAGUUCCUCCUCCAUCGACGAGGAAGUCGUCGUGCGCAGUCGGCGCUCGCCCUCGCGCCGGAGCGAGAUCAUCGAGGUCGUCGAGGAGCGUGAGCGGGACCGCGAUCGUCGUCGCGAUAGUUAUCGGCGGCCCGUGUCGGGGUCGCGGCGGAGUCGUAUUGUGGUUGAGGAGUCGACGACGGGGACCUCGGUUACUGAUGAUUCCGGUGUGGUCGAGGUGAUUGAGGAGGAGGAGUCUUCGGCUAUGUCUUCGAUCUCGCCGGCGCCGAGGAGGGGUGGGAGUGGGGGUCGGGGGUAUCGAACGGUUGAUCCGUUGGAAUAUGGGGGUGGGAGCUCGUAUGAUGGUGAUAGUCAUUAUCGUUGA